AUGGAGAUCCCAUUUGAAUCCCUUCGGCCGAUAACAGAUGACUGGGAAGAGUGGGACGCCGAGCUCGCAAGGCGUAGGAUCUUCUGGGACUCUCUUGCCACUAAGGAUUGGUUCCGUGAAAGAGGGUACACCCUCUACGAUCGCGAAUUCCCUGAAUCGCAGACCACCGUCCCCGCAUUGCCGUUUGAAGAUUCUCAGGAAGCGAAUCACCCUUACGCUGUCCACGCUCUGGAUAUGUCUUUUGGAGAAGUACCUUUACGUGCCACCGAUUGGGAUUCUGGAAAGGUCCUUUUCGCGCAGGACUCACAGUCGCGCCAUGUGGCAAUAAAAAUCGUGAAGGAUGAUGGUGACGAGUACCGCGUCCUUCAGUUCUUGCAACAGCAGCCACAUAAAAUCCUGAGGAGCCACUGUCUUAUUCCAGCCCUUGACAUGGGGUGGAAGUGUGACGCUGCCAGCUUUCACGAAAUUCUCGAUCUUGUGAGAGCAAUGUUAAAGGGACUGAGUUUUCUGCAUAAACACAACAUCUGCCAUCGGGACGUGAAACCAGCUAAUAUGCUCGCUAACCACUUCUCCGAUGACACUGACGCAAACUUCGACACGCGCAUGCAGCUGCGUCUCCACGGCCAGCUGAAAUAUGCCAUGUUCGACUUCGACUUUUCGAUCAUGUUUCCCCCUACCAUCGAUCGUGCCCUGUGCCGAUUGCCUUACCAGAAAUCAUGGGAAGCGGCCUGGAUUCGUCCAUAUGAUACAUCUCAAGGGGAGUUUGAUUAUGAUCCCUUCGCGUUCGACGUAGGCACCCUAGGCUUCGUCCUCAUCCACUCCUUCCGGGAACGCAUCCGAUAUGCUCCUCUACUUGCUCCGCUGCUGGAUCGUAUGACGACCCAUCGUCUACAGGAGCGCUUCACGGCCGAGCAGGCUCUCCGAUAUCUGGAGGAAGCAUAUGCCGAAAUUACUGAAGAUGAGCUCUCGAAAGAGAUGGAACCAGAGCCGAUGCCCAUUUGUGAGGACUCGAGAGACUUGUGGGUCGAUGUCCCACCUCAUCUUGCGGCACGCUGGUCGUCGCAUCGACAGCCAGCUUUACCUCUGCGUCAGAAAUUCCUCCGCUGGUUAUGUCGGUACCCAACGAUGCAGCAUCUGGUUCUAUUGGCGAGGUGGACGUUCUAUCAACUGACUACAUAUCCUGCACGCUUCUGUCGAUGCUAUGGUACUCACUCGAUGUGA